GAAAUUUCGAAUCAGUCUCGAAGCGAACGCAGCCGAGCGAUUAGGAGUGCCAGCCGAUAGACGUCUCGGCUCUCUGGAGGCCCAUUCUCUAGCCAUCGCCAACUCUAGAUAGAUAUAAGGUGUAUCCCUGCAGGCAUCCUAAAAUUAAGAGUCUGUUAAACAGAUAUAUGACCCAAGACACAUCUCCAGACGAGGCUUUUGUUGUUAUGGCUGGUGUAAGUGCUCGUUUUAUUUUGCUUCUAGAGCCUAAGAGUUGUUGUUGAAACAUGACAAAUAUCUUUACAUAUUGUUAUAAUUAUGGUGUGAUCUUCAUGGAUCAUUUCUUGUUUCUGGACAAAAGCUAAGAUAAAGAAAGUAGCAUCAAUCAAAUAAUCCAUCCCUCUGGCUCUGGUGUUGUAGAGUAUACUUCAGAGUUCAGUGAUGGUUAUAAGGAUCACAUUCUCAGUUUUGGGACCGGACACCCAAGAGGAAAGGUUCAGAGGAUCUGGAAAAUUCUUACUGAGAUUGCCAUAUCAGUUAUGGAUGUUAAAAUGCAUGGGUUGUGUGUUGAUGCUGCAAUCACUGGCAUAAUGCUCCUCCAUUAGCAAAACUCCAGGUGAUUCCUUAUAUAAUUACCCUGCCACUUGCAAAUGGAUUCUGUAGAAGUUCUUCAAAUGGUCUUAAGAGGUUUUGAAUAAUUGUUGGAUACAUGAUUUCCAAAAUAGAUUAAGCAUAGAAACUAUAUUUAUUCUUACAGUCAGUACAUCCAAAGUUUAUCUGUUGGUUUAUUCUUUGUUGGCUGACCUGAGCAGACCUGACUUCAAGAUCCGACACCAGAUUUUAAUACACAGAUGACAAUGGUAUAUCCUGCAGGCAUCCUAAACUUAGAGUCUGUUGAACAAAGAGAGGCAUCUUAAAAUGUAAUUGUCUUUACAUUUCGUCAUUAUUUUAGUAUUAUCUUCAUGAAAUCUUCAUGAAUCAUUUCUUAUGUCUGAGAUCAGCUGCUAAGAUAAACAAAGUCUAAAGAACAUAGUCUAAGCAUUUAAAAGAAUUGUUUCUAUGGUUUAUUUUUAGUUAUGCUGCUUGUUCUUUUUCCAUUAAAUAAUAGAAACUUUGUGAAGUUAUUCUGGUAUUUGAAUUCAGCUGCUUUCAUAGUCAAGUCAAACUUACUGCUGUGCAGUCAAUAUAGGAGAUGUUGUUGUGAUCUGAGCUUUUCAUUGUGUUUUGCAAUAAUAUAAUUUGCAGCUUAUUGCAUAAUAAAUCACAGCACGAAUUGAUACUUUUGUAGAUUGUUGGAAGUUGAAAGGUAAUUCAUUUAUCAAAGAAUCUAAAUUGUUUCAUUAAGAAAACUGAGACGAUGGUAGGAGAUGUUAAGAUUAUGUAGGUCUGAUCUUGUUUCUCUUUGUACGUCAGUAACAUCAUAAUCACUUUGUUUAAAAACUUCAAUUUACUGUAAGUUCUAUUUGUGGUGUUUCUCUCUUUUUUCAACUCGCUACAUUUCCUGUUAUAGUUUCUUGUUUUUUCUUUCAGAUUUUGUUAUGUGUACUCACCAUUGCUUUUGUAAUUAUGGGCUUGUAUUAACUAAUAGAGAGUCCUCAGUAUUAUAAGAUAUGGUUAAAGUGUAACAGAGAUAGGGAAAGUAGUUUA